UGGGCGGCCUCAGCGCCCGCCCGACCGCUGGGAGGACCGACCCGGCGGGGACCUGCUGGGGGCAGGACCCGGGGAGCAAGAUGGCCACGGUCAUCCCCGGCCCCCUGAGCCUCGGGGAGGAUUUCUACCGCGAGGCCAUUGAGCACUGCCGCAGCUACAACGCGCGCCUGUGCGCCGAGCGCAGCCUGCGCCUGCCCUUCCUCGACUCGCAGACCGGCGUGGCCCAGAACAACUGCUACAUCUGGAUGGAGAAGACCCACCGCGGGCCCGGUUUGGCUCCGGGACAGAUCUACACGUACCCGGCCCGCUGCUGGAGGAAAAAGCGGAGACUCAGUAUCCUGGAGGACCCGCGGCUCCGGCCCUGCGAAUACAAGAUCGACUGUGAGGCACCCCUUAAGAAGGAAGGCAGCCUCCCAGAAGGGCCGGUGCUCGAGGCGCUGCUGUGUGCUGAGACGGGGGAGAAGAAGAUGGAGCUGAAGGAGGAAGAGGCCAUUCUGGACUGUCAGAAACAGCAGCUGCUUGAGUUCCCGCACGAUCUGGACGUGGAGGACCUGGAGGAUGACCUGCCUAGGAGGAAGAACAGGACCAAGGGAAAGGCAUAUGGCAUCGGGGGGCUCCGGAAACGCCAGGACACCGCUUCCCUGGAGGACCGAGACAAGCCGUAUGUCUGUGAUAUCUGUGGGAAGCGGUAUAAGAACCGGCCAGGGCUCAGCUACCACUACACCCAUACUCACCUGGCUGAGGAGGAGGGGGAGGAGAACGCUGAGCGCCACGCCCUGCCCUUCCACCGGAAAAACAACCACAAACAGUUUUACAAAGAAUUGGCCUGGGUCCCCGAGGCACAGAGGAAGCACACAGCCAAGAAGGCACCUGACGGUACCGUCAUCCCCAACGGCUACUGUGACUUCUGCCUGGGCGGCUCUAAGAAGACGGGGUGUCCAGAGGACCUCAUCUCCUGCGCAGACUGUGGGCGGUCAGGACACCCCUCGUGUUUACAGUUCACGGUGAACAUGACAGCGGCCGUACGGACCUACCGCUGGCAGUGCAUCGAAUGCAAAUCCUGCAGCCUGUGUGGCACCUCGGAGAAUGACGGUGCCAGCUGGGCGGGUCUCACCCCCCAGGACCAGCUGCUGUUCUGUGAUGACUGCGAUCGGGGUUACCACAUGUACUGCCUGAGCCCCCCCAUGGCGGAACCUCCAGAAGGGAGCUGGAGCUGUCACCUCUGCCUUCGGCACCUGAAAGAGAAGGCCUCUGCCUACAUCACUCUCACCUAGGCCUGGCCCUACCUCUUCUGGGCCUCCGGGCUGGUGCUUGACCGCCUGCCUCUCCGAGCUCCUCCACUCGCUCCCUUGCCACCCUCCUGGCCCACACUGCUAGGGACACAGGGUGAUGCCUGAGGGGGGGCUGGGCCAACCCUCCCCUCUCUGCAAGUGGAAUGUUGGCCCCUGUGGGUUGGGGGCCCCAGGGGGGCCCCUCUCCCUUCCUCCCUCCCUCCCCAUCCCUUGGCAAAUGGGCACCAGGAACUUUUACUCCCCUCAAAGCCAUACCCCGCCUCUAGGCGGGCAUGGGGGGUUGAUGGAUGCCAGCCAGGGCAUGGACAGAGCCUUUUUCUAAAGAAAAAGACAAAAAAGUAAAAAAAAAAAAAAAAAAGAAAUUAAUAUAUACAGAGCCCUCUAAGGCCUGGCUGGAGGGAGGGGCACUGCUGAGCGCAUCCACUGGGCACCCAUCUCUUUGCCAGCCUCCUGCCUGGUACCCCUCCUCCCAGAGCUAUCCCAUCUCCCCACCCCAGGUGGGCACCAUUCCCUUGCUGUGAGCAGGCCUGGCGGGCGUGGUCCCCACCCCUGCCCCUCCCGGUGCCCGCUGUGGAUACUGCAUGUGAACCUGGAUUUUUUUGAACUCUGUUCCUGCCCCUCCUUGACAGUCCUGCCCUGUGCCCCCCCCAAUGCCCAACAGGGCUGGUGGGUGGUACCCGGCGGCAGGGCAAGGGGGGGACCCUGCCCAGCGCUCGCUGGAAUGAGAAGCACAGAUUGCAACGGACUCGUUGUCUCCUCCUCCCUUGCCCCUCCUCUCCACCCGGCCAGGCCGGACUGCCCCUGCCACCCUCGCUGGCCACUUUGGCAACAGCGAGGGGGUGUGGUUGUUUCUUGUGGUUGUGUGUUUGUUGUUUGGGUUUAAAAAAAAAAGGGAAAUUGAGACUACAAGAGGGGGAGGUGGUGGGCUCGGGGGCCCACCCCAGGAAGGCCCCUCCUUGUAAGAGAGUCUCCUAAUUAUUGCCUGCCUCUGCUGUGAAUUAACUUGUUCUGUGUAUUAAACUGGGCCUGGCCCCUCUGCCACGA